AUGUCGGAGACAAUACCAACAACAAAAACAGCUGGACUCGCAGAUCAAUUACCUAAUUUACCUGAAACUUAUACUAUUGAACCACUUGUUCAAUGUGGUGUACUUUACUUAGGUACAACACCAUCGACUACUGGUCUUCGUGGUCUUGAUUCAAUUCAAGAACCAUUUUCACAUCGAUAUCCUGUUGAUGGUACGAAUACUGUUCGAGGUAUUGAUGCUGUACUUUCUAUUUAUGAUAAUGGUAUUCAAUUAACAUUUACUCGUCAACCACAUGUAGCAGUUUUUUUUCCAAUAAGUUCACUUAUUUAUUGUGCAAGUCUUCGUUUUUCAAUUAUUGAAAAUGAUCCAGCAAAACCAACAGCAAAUGUUGAUUGGCGUUUUAUGACAUUAGAUGCAAUAGAAAAUAAUGAAGAUAAACAUCCACCAUUAUUUGGUGUUAUUAUGCGACGUACACAAGUUUUACCGGGUAAUGAAUGUCAUUGUUUUAUAACAAAAAAUACUGAUGCAGCAUUUGCACUUGUUCGAACAAUAUCACAAGUUUAUGCAAAUAUGAGACCAGGAGCAAAAUGUUUAAAAUCACCUAUAUUUUAUCAGUUAGAUCGUUUUGGAAGAAAAAUAAGUGAAACAACUGGUAUUGUUUACAUAUCACCAGCGAAUGAAGAUGAUUUGCAAAUAAGUCGAAUUAAUUCGAAUCGAUUAAAAAGCGAAUCUAUUGUUCGAAAAUCUCUAUUAGAUCCAUCUCUUGAUGGUUUUUAUUAUCGUACUAUUCUAAGUGUUGUUGAACAAUGGCAAUUAUGGGAUGAUAAUGACUUAUAUGGAUCUCGACCACAUCCACCAGAUUCACCUUUUGGUUUACAUGAAGGUCUCUAUCAUGAUGAUACAACAGAAGAAGUUCAACGAUAUUUACGUCAUAUGGAUGAUGAAGAUCAUUCUUGUGCAUGUACUUGUUCAAGUAAAAGUUCAAGUUCAUUAAGUUCAAUAUCAACGGAGUUUUCUCGACGACAAAAGCGACAUCGUCAUUCUAAUAAACAAAAACUACCCGAGGAUACUGAUCAAUUUAAUGAAUCAUUGUCACAAUUACAAGCAAGCUCAUUUGAACCAGUUUUACCACGGAAUUAUUUUGAUAUGAAAGAGAAACAUCCAAAACCGAUUAUUAUUGAAAAAGUCGUGCCAAAACGACACUCAGCAAUACCUAUUCUUCAUCCUCAGAUACCUCGACAAUCAUUAGAUUCUCCAAGUCCUAUGCAAGAUACAGACAUAAAGAAUGUUUCAACAUCGAAAGUACCAUUCACAUAUAGCAUAAAUAAACGAGGUGAGAAAAUAUCACAAGAUGGCAAUCGGAUUGUAUAUAUGGACUCCGUUCGACUUGAUACAAAUAAAAAUCCAUUGGAUCAACCAGCAUACAUUCCAUUAAAACCUCGUUCUCGUCGACAACGAAAAUCAAGACGUAUACCUGUAGUUAAUCUUUCAAGUAUUGAAAGAUUAUUUGAUGAAAAACAAUCGAAAACUCAAACUCAACGACGUACAAGCUUAAAUAUCGAUCAUAAUGUAAAAGAACAUCUUAAUCAUACAAAUCAUUUAACAGCACAAGAUAUGUUAGCAAUAUUAGAUGAAUUUUUUGAAAAUAAUCAUAAUCAUAAAGUCAAAUUAGAUGAUCAUGAACUUCAAUCUUUACUCGAUCAAUUUGAAUCAUUCAAUAAACAAGGACAACAACAUCGAAAAAAUAGUCUCAUCUCAUCAACAGAUAGUUCAAAAAGUGAAACUCGUUAUCAUCGAAACCGUUCAGCAGUAAUUGAUCUUCAAACACUUAAUUAUGGUGAACGUCCAUCGAUCCCAUUGGAAUCUCAAAAUGAAACUGAUUAUAAUCAUCGAAAUCGUUCAGCAGUAAUUGAUGUUCAAACAGUUAAUUAUGGUGAACGUCCAUCGAUUCCAUUAGAAUCUCAAAAUGAAACUCAUUAUCAUCGUAAACGUUCAACAGCAACUGAUGUUCAAACAGUUAAUUAUGGUGAACGUUCAUCGAUUCCAGUGGAAUCUCAAAAUGAAACUCAUCAUCAUCAUCAUCGUAAUCGUUCAACAGUAACUAAUGUUCAAAUGUUUAAUUAUGAUGAACGUUCAUCAACUCCAUCGAUUACAUUGGAAUCUCAAAGUGAAACUCAACCACCACCAACAAAUAAACAAACAUCUCCUACAUUACCUGAGUUAACUAAUACAAAACUUAAUGAAUAUGUAUCAGAUAUAUAUGGAGCAGCUCAUUCACUUAAAUCAACUAUAUCCUCAAAUGAUCAUCAAGAAAUACAAUCAUCAAUUCCAGCUGCUGUGAUCAAUGCAAAUUAUGUGUCAGCAUUUCGAUAUAUGCAUAGUAGUGUUAAUCCAAAUUAUCUUGAAGAACUUCGUAAUGCAUAUUAA